UUCCUGUCAGCGUCCUGGAAGGUAUCAGGACCAAGGUUCAGUUUUUUUUUAGUUAGUUAGUUCUUACGAGUUUGAGUGCGCGUCAAGGACUCUCUUAAGGAGACUUUGUAUAAAAAACGUUUUAUUUUGGAUUUUAAAUAGUUCAGUGAUUCAAUAAAAAAUGUUUCAUCCAAGACAAGGAGGUUCAAGUGUGAACCACCAAAACAUGCAACAUCACGGUUUACACCACCAAUGGUACCAAGCCUAUCAUCACCAAGGAGGUUUCGCUCAGGCCGAAGAAAACGGAUGGCACCAUCAUCAUAUAACACCGCAUAUUUAUCCACCGUCACCGGAUAUAAACGAUUUUCUUCAAGGAAAUUUGGUACAUAAUUUCCAACAAGGAUACCCAAUGGUUCAACCACCGUCGCAACAUCAUCAACGCGUUUCAUAUCCAGUUGAUAUGCAAACGCAUGUUUCCGGCGGCGAAGUUCCGCAAAUGCCAUCACCUAUUUCCGGGAGCGAUUUAUCCAGUCCGGGAUUAAAUCCGGGUGAAAUGUCACCACAAGCUCCUUCUUCUCAUACUGUUAAUCGACCACCACCCGUUCGAAGCCCGUAUGAAUGGAUUAAGAAGAAUUCUUAUCAAAAUCAACCUAAUCCUGUUUUAGGCAAAACGCGAACAAAAGAUAAAUACAGGGUGGUUUACACGGAUCAUCAACGAGUUGAAUUAGAAAAAGAAUUUUAUUUCAGUCGUUACAUAACGAUAAGAAAAAAAUCCGAGUUAGCGUUAACGCUUGGUUUAUCAGAACGCCAAGUGAAAAUUUGGUUUCAAAAUCGCCGGGCGAAAGAACGCAAGCAGACGAAGAAAAGGCAAGAAAUGGCGAUGACUAAAGAUCCGUUAGAUAUCAGUCUCGAACAACAACAACAACAACAAACAUCGACGAUCUUAAACCACGCGGUUUCUCCGAAUCAAGGUAUUUCGUUGAUGUGACAAGAGGAGUGUGAUGGUUACAGGAUGGACUUUCCAAAUGCGGAAGAAACCCUGUUUAAUUUGUGAUUGUCGAGUUUAUAGUUUUUUUUCGCGUUUUGUACAUAAAUGAAAUAACGGUUAAUUUUUUUAUUAAGAAACAAUGAAGUGGAACAGUGCAAUCGAGUGAUGAAAAAAAAAAUUAAAAAUUAAGUUAUAUUUAUUGUUAACAUGGAAUUUUAAAUAUAAACUUAAAUAAGUAUUAAAUUUUCCAGAACCGCGAUUGACUAUUUAACUACUUCGUUUUUACGCUUUACUGUGAGAUUAUAGACGUUUUUAGAUUAUUUAUGACGCCUUGUAUUUUAACAAGAAGAUGAAAUUAAUUUUAUUAUUAAUUAUAAAUAGAAUUGUACACCAAAUCCUUCCCCGUACUACGUUACUUAUGAGAAAUCUUAGACAGAAUCGAUCAGUUUCCGUGCCUUUUAAAUCCGUUAUUUUCUGGAAAACGACGGAUUUUAUAGUGCUUUCUCCAUAAGUAACUCUCGAUGGAUACGCUAUGGUUUCAGGCGUUAAAUAUUUAAGAGCAAAACAAUAUAGAUAAUAAUUUAAAAAGA